AUGAUAUAGUAAUUGAAUUUAAAGUUAAGAUGUUAAAAAGAUGAUCAUAAGGAUGAAAUAGACAUGGUAUGUUACAAUUAGUUUUGUACAGAAUUCAGAUUAAAUUGUUUUAAAUGCAUUAAGUAAGGAAUCCAUCAACAUCAUUUGGAUGAUGUUGAAAAAAUCAAAAAUCUUUAAGAAUUCAUUGAAAAUAAAAAUAAAGAAUGUGAUGAUUUGAUUGAUUAUCUUAAUUAACUUGUAGAAAGUAUGAAUAAGUCAUUUACUUAAUUUAAAACUGGAAUCAAACAUAAAUAUUCAUUAUUAAAAGAAAGAUUGUAACAUCUAAAUUAGAAUUAAAUCAAUGAUUUUUUUAAUUCAAUCAUCAAAUUUACUGAAUACAAAUAAUCAAUUACAACCAUCAUUUCAGAAUGGACAAAGAAAUUAACUAAUUCAUUUAAUAAUUUAUAUGAAUAAUUAUAAUUAUCAUCAAUUAAUUAUUAUUAAAAUUCAGAGGAGAAUAUAAAACUGUCUAAAGAGCUUUAUGAAAUUGGUUAUAAGUUAUAUAUCGAUGAUAAGUAUAACUAAGCCAUAGUAAUAUUUGAUAAAUCAAUAUAAUAAGAUCCUAAUAACCAUUUAUCUUUAUGUCGUAAAGGUAAAAUUGAUGGAUGA